AUGCAAAUCAUUAAGGAUGAGAUGAUAAUGAAUAACCAAAUUCUAGAUUUUGGCAUGACAGAAAAUCAAAAACUUGAAUCAAUCUGUCAGCAGUUAAAACAUAUUUGUACUGUUUCUUUAAAACUCUUACCUCCUAAAUCAAGAUAAAAGCGAAUAGGAAAGAAGAGAGUAUUGAAAAAAUGGUUUAAAAACCAUACCUAUAAAAAAGAGUCAAAGCGUGUUCAAUCUAAAAAGACUAUUCCAAACUAUUUUGAGGUCUCUCGAAAUGAAAUGGAAGAGAAGAUUGCACUAAUUAGUGGAUUAUAGCAAUAGAUACAAUAAAUAAAGUUGAUGAUGCCUCAAAUAUGA